ACACCCUACAGAACCUGCUUGAACUCUGUCAUUCUGCACCUCAAGAACUUACUUAAACAGAAAAUGCUUUUGUGUAAUGUUUUCCCAGCGUGGUGCUGGCACCGGGACUUCAGUUGGAACCACACUGGCAUUAGGAAUGAUGCAGUGUCGUCAUCGGCUCACACUCACGGGUGCAGACAGCCCCGCAGGUGCGAGAGCGCUUCCUGUUUUCCCGGUUUGUGUCCAGUUCAUCCUAGUGAGCUCAGCUCCCCUGACGUUCAGUCAUCCCCGUAAUUUGUGGUGUGCUUUCGACAGGAUCCGUGGCAGCUAACGUCCUAAAGGACUUGGCAAUGGAUCAUCCCACGCAGCCUGUGGGGGGUGGGUCCACUCAACACGCUGGCACUUCCUGCUUCUGAGUCUGAAGCGAACAGCCAGAUGGUGAACCUGGUCAGUUCACUCCCCGGGGAGCUGUCUGGGUCAGCCAGCUUGCCUUCCCCUCAGAUUGCGACGCUGUUGCCCAGUCACCAGAAACUUACAGAUACCCAGAAAUGGUUGAGAUUGAACAGGCUGAGGCCCAGCUCUCUGAGUUAGACCUGCUGGCCAGCAUGUUCCCUGGCGAGAAUGAGCUCACAGUGAAUGACCAGCUUGCUGUAGCAGAACUGAAAGAUUGCAUUGAAAAGGGGACAAUGGAGGGCCGAUCUUCAAAGGUUUACUUUACUAUCAACAUGCACCUGGACAUGUCUGCGGACACAGUGGUGGUGUUUUCUCUGGCCUGUGUUCUGCCCUUUGAAUACCCUGCAGUUCUGCCUGAAAUCACUGUCAGGUCAGUAUUAUUAAGUAGAUCCCAGCAGACUCAGCUGAACACAGAUCUGACCACAUACCUGCAAAGGCAUUGCCUCGGAGACGUCUGUAUACUGAAUGCCACCGACUGGGUUAGAGAACACGCCUCUGGCUAUGUCAGCAGAGACCCCGCCCCUCCCCCCCUUCCAGAAAGUACAGUCCAGCCUGUCCAUGUCAUUCUCACGAGACUCUGGAUCUACAGCCAUCACAUCUACAACAAAUGCAAACGAAGGGACAUUCUGCAGUGGGCGAAGGAGCUUUCCCUGUCUGGGUUUAGCAUGCCUGGGAAGCCAGGCAUCGUCUGUGUGGAAGGCCCUCACGGUGCUUGUGAGGAAUUCUGGUCAAGACUCAAAAAGUUAAACUGGAAGAGAAUUUUGAUUCGCCAUCGAGAAGACAUUCCUUUGGAUGGUACAAAUGAAAUGGAAAGAUGGAGAAAAUUUUCAGUUUUUGAAGAAAAAAUGUUCAGUGUUAGUGGAGCCAGAGGAAACCACAUGGACUUUGGUCAGCUGUAUCAAUUUUUAAAUGCCAAUGGAUGUGGGGAUGUUUUCCAGAUGUUCUUUGGUGUGGAAGGACAGUAGCUGAGCAAAGGAGUCACUGAAAGUAUUUUGUCACUGUUGUCAAGAGUGGGUUUUUACCCAUUCUUUCUUGAAAGAUUCAGUAAUUUUCCUUCAGUCCGUUCUAAAAUGUUAGGGGUAAAAGAAGAGAAAAAGUAGCGUAGCUCAAGUGCAUCUGUUAAAAAUUGUCCUGACUGAAAGCAGAACUGAGGCCUUAUUUAUAAUCUUAAAAUUACUGACAGGAAUACCUUGGCAUAUCUACCCAUUUUGAAAGAGAAAUUAAUUUGACUUGAGUUAGAUAAUAUUGGUAGUCCAACUUGCCACCCGUUCUCUAACCCCUGCCCUUUACCUGCCUCCAUGAGCUCUCCCAGCCUCUCUUGAAGCUCAGGUGGCCUGGGGAUAGAGCUUUGGCUAUGGGUUGCCUGGUAAAACUUUUGCUUUCCUGGUUAAUAUGAUUGACACAGCAAGAGCACCUCUUAGCCCUCUUUUUGCUGCAACAGCAAAGCUGAUGGUUGGAGCUGCAGUAGCCCCUUCAUCCACGAGGGCAGGAAGGGCCAGGAGAACCACAGAGAUGCCAGCGCCUGUGGUGAGCUGCUGAUCCAGCACCAGCUCCUGCCUCGCUGUAGAGAGCUUAUCUAUCUAUAUAAAAGCCUAAUAUAAAAGACCAGGAGUUAGGAUCACUUGCUAUGAUGUGCGCUGAC